GUUUUUCGAUGAAUUCUCCUAUGUCCACUCGAAUAAUAUAUGAACCUGAGGGAGAACAAGCUCGUGUGGUGUCUGAUUGGGCUAAUCUCUUCCACCAGAGGUUAGUAGAUAGACAAGCAAGAGUCUUAGAUGUAAGGUACCCAAGUGAAAACAAAAAAAAUUGUUUCCAUUGCUGAACUAAAGCAGAAAAAGCCAAGUAACACCUUGCAAGAAGAAACUUUAUGGAUUGAAGUGACUAUUCAGGAUGCUGAAUUAGAAAAAGUGAAUGCAUAUACGGGCUGCUCAAACUGCUGCAAGCGCACCAACCUUCCAUUGCAGAAGCGCUAUUCUUGCUCUUCUUGUUUGAACAAAGAAUGCAUAGAGGUAUUCCUUUUAUAUCCAUUACUAUUUAUUAAUAUUCUAGAUGACAAUGCUUACUUUACAUUUGUACCAGAAUUACGUUCAAAUUUGAAGCUAGCGACACCACAGGAACUAUGGCAUUCACCACUUUCAACGAUGAUACAGAAAGAUUAUUCAGGAAAACUGCAGCUGAAAUUUAUGCCAUUAAAGAAUCGGAUGAUCACAACGCAUUCAAGACCAUUCAAGACUUACUCAGCAGCACACCGUUCUAUAUUAAAGUUGGACCUACUUGGCACUUGGGUCAGAACAAUGUUCUGGAGUGGACACUCAGAGCUAUUGAGCUUAAAGAAAAUCCUCACACCCAAGAAGCUGAGCAACUAUCUGCUGGUUACUUCAGCCAAGAAAAAGAUGCAAGUGAAAAGGUUCCAGAAAACACUAUUGAGUCAGGUAAUUCUGAACCGUUCAUUCCUACCCCAAACUUGAAGAAAAAUUCUGACAAGCAUACACAAGAAGAGCCUUACACUGAAACACUUGACACCCCUCAGCAAAGUAUUGAAUCACUUAAGCGCAAGAAAUCCUUAGGAAAAAGUCCUAUGGAAUUUGAAAGUGAAGAAAGCGAAUCCCAAGUGCCACUAUCACAAGUCGGGGCGAAAAAGAAACUUUGCUUUGGUGGAAUGACUACGAAGAAGGACACUGCAGGUCAAAAUCCUACAAUACCUUUGGCAAAGGAUCGUGUUGAAGAUGUAGCUGAGCCUCUGGGAUCUGAGCACAGGCAAACCACACCAAUUAUUGUGAAGACUGAAAAGGUUAACAAGCCAUCUGUUGAAUCUGCCACCAAGGAAAAGUAGUCCCUGAACUACUAAGAAACUAUAUAUGCUGCUAAUGAAGUAUUGAAGAUUAUCUAC